CAAACAUUUUUGUAUUCAUCACAUCCUUGUUUUGGUCUGUAAUACAUUUCUUCUUCUUCUUUGGUGAGGAUUAACGAUGGGUGGCAUCCAAUAUUAUUUGCAUUGCCACCACCAACAAGGCUGGAGUAUACAGUAUAUAUUCAUUAUACAUUGUGAUACAAAAUGGGAACAGGAAAAAAACUACCAUGCCAACUAACCCUACACUCAUUAAAAACCCACAAUCCUAUUCCCCUAUUUAACCCUAUAUAAUUCUACACCAGGCCUACCGCCUGGGAGGACGGAACACUACCACUCAACACCCGCUGCAACUCUUCUGCAGUAAAACCUCGCAAUCCCAAUUACUUCUCUGCAGCUGCCACCACAACCUCUACUUUCUAUAACUAACGUUCCAUUUCUGCAGUAGAGUUGAUAACCAUGGCUAUGGACGCUAAGAAACCCACCUCACUGAAGCACAUAUUAUUCCUAUCACUAUCCAUUGGCCUACUCACCGGAAUCCUCUCAGUAUCCCUCGCCCUCUACCCAUCUUCCUCUACCACUGCCUCAGCAUGACACCUUCUGUACUACUCUGACCCUGGCAACCUCAACCUGCCUUUCUCUCACCAGACACAUCCAACUGCAAACACCAUGGGCACCCUCACAGCUAACACACAGCUAACACAACUAUACAUUCCUUCGUCUCAUGCGCUCCUGCACAUCUAGGAAUCUCCUUCCUACACACUGCUGCAACAUGACCAUAAGCGUAAUGGGUUCGGGACAAAAGCUCUCACGGGAUUACUGACACAUCCUAACUUAACUUUGUCGGGUAAAGACUCCGCAUAAAAACUCAUCAGGACAGACAGUCUUCUCUGUCACCACGCUCUCCACCAGGUCUGCUUCGCACCAAACGUUGGGCGUCACAUUCACCAGGAAUCUUCCAUUUCAAUUGCUCCUCCUCAACACUUAAUGCCACCCAGUUAUCACUCCUUUCAAUGGCACCCUGCUCCGGAGUUCUUGUCCCUAGGCGCUUGGUUUGGACCGCCCGCUCCCUCUGGACAAAAAUACCAUCACGAGUCUACCUCAAGUUACUUUCACCGACUCAGCAGUCCCCGACCUCUUCUCCACCCAACCUGACACCACACAUGGAUCCGCCAGAAGGUUAGGAUCCAUUCUCUCCAAAGGUCUCACUCCAACUCAUCCUCAUCAUCACUGGGACGAGGCUCAACCUCGACCAUCUUCACCACACCUGCCACCGCAGGUGCAUCAUGGGACCUUUGAUCCAGCAAGUCUGUUUGUUAACAUUCCUCAUCCUCUUUAAUGCCUGUUCUUCUGUUGCAGAUAUGCAGCUUGUUGUCCCUCCUGACCCUGUAGUUACCUCUGCUGGUCAUGACGUCAUCCUUCCCUGUCACCUGUCUCCUCAAACCAGUGCUGUUGACAUGUAUAUCAGGUGGUUUAAGGAAGGAGAAUUCGCCAGCCCCCUGUACCUGUAUUUGGGUGGAAAGGUAACAGAGGGGAAAGGCUAUGAGGGUAGAGUGAGUGUGUUCACUCAGGAGCUGGAGAAAGGCAAUAUAUCACUGCUGCUGAAUAAUGUCAUGGCUUCUGAAAGGGGAAGCUACAAAUGCCAUGCCAGCUACAUGGACUGGAUUCAGGAACUGCCUGUUGUGCUACAGGUUAAACAGCAGGGCAGUGUCCCCAGGAUCUCCAUGAGGAAGCACCACAGAGUGUUCAUCCAGCUCAGCUGCAGUUCAGAGAACUGGUACCCAGAGCCUGACAUGCUGUGGACGGACAGCAGUGGGAAGGAGAUCACCUCAGCAGAGACAGAGAGACCCAAACAGAAGGAGGGGGGUGACCUGUACUCCAUCACCAGUCACAUGAGAAUAGGGAUGGACCAACUGGAGGGGGUCACCUGUGUGGUGAUGUCAGAGUACCAGGGAACCAAGAUGGAGUCUACACUGCAGAUGACUGAGGAAUUCUACAUGAGCAGUUUGCCAGACCGGGUGUAUAUCUCUGCAUUUAUGAUUCCUGUGUUUCUGGGACUGCUGUGUAUCACUGCAUCAGUUUUCUCCUUAAUCCAUCAGAGAAGAGUUGUUCGAGAAACACUGAAGCCUUUGGAUUAUAUGAAUACAAAAUUAAAAGCUAUGGAUCAAGAACUCAUCAAAAAGACAGAGGAACUCACUUAUAAGGAUAAGUUAAUGGGAAUUACUGAAACAAUCCCAGACUCUGUUUGGAGCUUGAUGGUUGAUCAUGCAGUGGAUGUGACUUUCGACCCUGACACUGCACAUCCCAGACUCUCUUUAUCUGAUGAUAACAAAUGUCUCAAAUUUGGAGAAUUAAAAGAAAAAAAGGAUUGUGAGAAUUUCAAAGAAAAAGGCCAAGGAAGCAGCAGCAUGAAGUUUGAUGAAGAAAACAAAGAAGACACGGGGCAUUUUGGAGGAAAACCUACAGAAAAUAGUAUGUUAAAUGCUUCAGGAAAAGACAAAGAUAAGAGAACUGGAUUCUUGAACAGGAUAAUGAAAAAAGGACAAAACAAAGAAGGUACUCUGAAGGUUGAGGAAGUACGCAAAGAAGAGGCCACUGAGAAUUUAGAAGAAAAAUCCAAAGGAACUAAAGUUAAGUUUAAUCAAGAUACGUGUGUCUUGGGAAUGGAAGGAUAUGAAAAAGGUACACAUUACUGGGAGGUUGACCUGGGGAAGAAGAGCCAGUGGAGUGUUGGGAUCGCUCAGGACACAGAGAAGAGAGACAACAUCCAAAUGUAUCCAGAAAAUGGCUUCUGGAGCAUAUGUUACAAAGAUGGAGAACUGAAAACAGUUGAACAGUCUUCUACUUUCCUUCCCAUUGAACUGAAACCUGAGAAGCUGGGAGUUUUCAUGGACUAUGAGAGGGGACAGAUAACAUUUUUCAACGUGGAGAAGAAAUGCCACAUCCACUCCUUCUAUGGCAUGUUUACUAAGAAACUCUAUCCGUUCUUUGGUCCUUUGAUUGAUUGUAAAGAGGAACUAAAAAUCUCACCUGUGGUACAAGGAGACAAACCCUCAACCUCCGAGAGCUGUUAGUGUAAAUAAUGGAAGAUGACAGUCAUUGAAAACAAAAAGGUAUUUAGAACCCAAAGUAUAUUAUAGACACUUAAAUUUAAGAUGAAAAUGUAAAUCUUAAAAUGUUGUUUAGCAUGAAAAAUACAAGCCGGUGCACCUGGCACCUUCUACCAUACCUCCUUCAAAGACACAUUUUGUCUUGCCCAUUCACCAUCUGAAUGGAACACAUACACAAUCCAUGUCUUAACUGUCUUAGGUUAAAGAAGGAUUUUUAAGCCUUGUCUCCCGCUUUCAUCUAAACUGAUUGAACAGGUGACAUCAAUAAGGGAUUAUAGCUUCACCUGGAUUCACCUGGUCAGUCUAUGUCAUGGAAAGAGCAGGUCUUCCUAAUGUUUUGUACACUGUGUUAAUCUAUUUAAAUGUAAAGUCUUAGUUGUUUUAAUUACAAUAUGUAUGACAAUGUAGAAUAAUUGACUCACUCACUGUAAUUAUGUGUAGUUUUGUAAUAUUCUGUUUAAAAAAAGCUUUUCACUCACAUUUUUACAAAAUCUGUAAAAAUGUAAAGUUUUGUGACAAUUUUAGACAUUUUAAUAAAAAUGUGUCAUGAUAAUUACUUGUAUGUUAGCGGAUAUUGGUUUAAAGGCCCAGAGGCCUCAUUUGCUAAAUAUUAUUUGUUUUUACAUUUAUUAAAAUAUGUGUGCGUCACCAUAAAACAUGUUUAAUUUAUAAAUCCCAAAAUUUCAUGCAGAAUUUAUGUAAAUUCCAUAUUUUCAUUUCAAGUUAACGAUUUAUAAAUCACAUGUUCCUGUAGAUUUUGUUAUAAGCACUAUUUAAAAUCAAAUCUGUGAGUGCAAACAUUGUAUUAAUGAUGUCCCAGAAGAGCAGUCUUGACAUUGUAAAGACGAAGGCCUCUGAUGCAGAGUUGUGCUUACCAAUGGCUGAUUACAAACCUUCCCAAUCUAUACAUUGUUAUGUAAGAGCAGCAUAAACUGAUUGAUCCUCAUGAUCACAAGGAAUAAACUGAUACACAUUCAAGUA